CGCCUCUGUUCAUGCGGUUUCGUUGAAACUGCCGGGUUUCUGGACACAGCGCCCGGACCUAUGGUUCCAGCAAGCCGAAGCCCAAUUCCAAGUUCACCUCCAGCCUGUGGUCAGCUAUGGCCAGCCUUUUGGGGACUCAGCUGCACCACACCACUGCCUACCACCCACAGUCGAACGGGCUAGUGGAGCGUUUCCACCGUCACCUGAAGUCGGCCCUCAUGGCCCGCCUGCGAGGAGCCAACUGGGCGGACGAGCUUCCCUGGGUCCUUCUCGGCAUCCGCACAGCGCCCAAGGACGACCUGCACACCUCGUCGGCCGAGUUGGUAUACGGCGCGCCCCUGGCCGUCCCCGGGGAGUUCCUACCAGCCCCGAGGGGGCAAGAGGAAGAACCCGCUGCAGUCCUGGGCAGACUUCGCGAGAAGCUCAGUAACCUGGCCCCCAUACCCACUUCACAGCAUGGGCGGCACCCGACCUGCGUACCCAAAGACCUACGGAACUGUAAGUUUGUGUUUGUACGAAGGGGCGGGCAUCGGCCACCGCUGCAGCGGCCAUACGAGGGGCCGUUUACGGUGUUCCGGAACAACGGGUCCACGUUCGUGCUGGACGUUGGGGGGAAGGAGGAGGUUUUCACGGUGGACCGCCUCAAGCCGGCCCAUGUGGACCUGGCGCAACCGGCCGAGUUUCCGGCGCCUCGGCGCAGAGGCCGACCUCCCAAGCAGGUUCUGGCCCAGGCUGUGGACAUUGGGGGGUGUAUCGCCGGUUCUGGGGGGGGGGUUAUGUAGCGCCUCAUUUCCUAGUGUAUCCGAACCGACUCACAAUUAGAUAGCCUACGGGGGUUUGCGAGCACAGAGCUUUGGAGCCUCUUCGCCAUGGGGGGCCGGUUGACAGAGGCUUAAAAGUGAGGCUGAAGUUUUCGAAUAAAGUUU